AUGGCAAAGGUAGAUGUGACGGACUUUGGCAUUAAUAGCCUUUUCUGUAAUCGGAUCCAAACUGGGCUUCCAACCCUUACCCGAAACCUGCCUGCUCAGAAACUCGGGCCUCCCUUCCAAAAUCUCCUUGAAAUAGUCGAUUUUACCCUCGUCCUCCCUUCCCACAUUCAAAACGGCGCCGUUCUUCACCCCGCCGGCAGGGCAAAUCCUCACGAACAGCGGCACGAACCCCGUGUAAGCCAAAAGCGCCUUCGAUUUCAGAGCGAAAUUCGUCUUCCCCAAGAGCUCUCGAGCUUCAUCGGACGAUAA